AUGACGAUAAAUUUCCACGUUGCCGAAGGGAUUCCCGAAGCUUACGACCUGUUCAUCAAUCUGCCCGAUGAAGUGCACCUUCUCUGUCCCAAGACUUCGGAGGACGACGACGAAGACUACGAGGACCUCAAAGAACCUGGCGAGAUCGGAGUCGAAGAGAAGGAACGCAGGGUACAAGAUUUCAAGAAGCGCGUGGGCAUCGCAUACCAGACUUCUCUCAUAUUCGGAUUCGAGGAAGAGAACGCCGCUUUGCAGCUUCAGGAAUUCAGAACCCGCACAAACAGCUUCCUCACAACCUGUUCACAAUGUGUGAGGACCUGGCAUCGAAACCGAAAGCCCUUUCUCAAACAGUUGGCGGAACAGCACGAGGAAAGUACCGUGGCCGAGAUGGGCCGUAGACUUGAUCGAUUCGAUGCCGCUCGUAUUACCACAGGUUUGGAAGGUGCUAAAGAGUUCAUUGAAGCUCGCAAUGGCAUUGCUGAGCAGAAGACGUUUAUCGAGGAAGAUCGCUCUGACCUACUCGUUGCCCUCUACGAGUCGCUCUGCUGCAUCGCUUACCUGAAACAGCCCGAGAACCGAGUCCACUUCAAUUAUGUCUUUGCUGCGGUUCAACAGAGGCGGACUCUCAAGCUUGCUGAGAUAUUGCCUACCAUGACUCGUUUUUUGUUUGACGACGACAAGAUUCGUCUGACUUUUGCCCGGGUUUCCUGGUCUAAACUGUCUGAACUGACGCUGGAUGACUUUGAAUGGGCCAUUAAAGAGAGUCUCGAAGAUGCCAUGCAGAAACUCAAUGCUCCCGGCAUGUCGUGGGCCCAAGUGCAACGAUUCUGGGAGGGAGUUGCCUCAAUCCUUCAGGCCCUGUCCUCCAGCGAUUUCGUAGCCUCGCUGAACUCUUUAAGUGUUUCGCCUAGCAUCUACCAGAUCAUGCUCAACCACAUGGCCACAGACUCAGAACCAACCCUGGCAGCCAUAUUGAAGGUCUUUAACAUAGCCCUGCAAAGAGGCCCUAAAGGUAUUUGGGGCGCUUUUGGAGGGUAUUCCCCAGUUUCCGUAGCUGAGCCCGUAUUUGCAAGUCCUGCUUUCAAGCGCUUGUUGACGCAAACCCCAGAGUACUCCAUUACCAUGCCCGAGGACAAGUACCUGAAAGGGCCAGUAGCCAUAGCUUGGGUGAAACCUUUCAUUGAAUCCAUCAAGACAUCACAAAAGAGUGAUGCAUGUGCUUCAUUUUCGCAGCAUCUUGUUGAUGACGUCUCACGAGAUGAGUCGAUACCUCCUGAAGGAAGACUCGCUUGUUUCAGGGGUUUUGGAGAGGCUUUAUUAGCCACUCUAGAGUCCUUCUUGGAUCCAACCUUCAACUUGACACCUGGGCAGCCAUCUUUCUACACAAACCGUGUCAUCAACCUGGCAUUAAAACACAAGGACAUCAUCAUGAUCCUAGUCAAGAUGGAUAAACGAGAUGUGGCCAUGUCUCGCACCGGUUUGGCGGUUAUCGCUGCUGUUUUAAAGCUUGACACCAGCGUCACAGCUGUGGAGUACAUCGCGCAUAUUGACAAGACCAACGUGCAGCGGGAGGUGUUGAAGAAGUCCCCAGAGCUGUGGGGAGCGUUUUUGGACCUCCUGGUUCCAGGAGCCACAGAACUCGCUCGAGCCGUACUCAUGGCACUCCUCCCUCUCGUGCCUGUAGAGGCACUCCGUCCCUUGAAAAAGGACCGCCUAUCACAAGCCCAAGAGGAGUUCAAUGCCACUCUACGUAAGGUUGCGGCGGCUAUCGGGAAGGUGUUUGACAAGCUGGAAGAGUUCUCCUUGGCAGACCUACAUCAUCUUUUGGACACUGAGGUAAUGGAACCUGUGGUCGCUGCGCUGUUACACGGAGAGCCUGCCAUCCAUCAAGGUGGACUUAGCUUGAUCAAGGCUAUUACUAACGAAUCAAGUCGCGGUGAUGCAGUCUUAGAGCUGACAAAGUCCCAUUUUUCAACCUUGCUCACUUCCUUCACAAAAGUACUUCAGGAUCAAGAACCCGUCCGAGAGGGACAUCAGAAAGUGAUCCGGUUAUGGACCCCGCAGCAGAACAUCCUCCGGUACUCAAAAGACAUACUUGACGCGCUUUGCGAUCCUAGGGACGGCCUCCUUCGCUCAAAAGAUCUCAAUAAUGCAGAACGCUCCAACCUCAAGAAGUGGUGGGCCAUGGCAUGGACUACCAUCGAAAGAGCGUUUAAUGGUCUGGAAGACUGGAGCAGAUCCGUUGAAACAGAAGUGAUGAAGCAGUUCUGCCGCGACACCAUGGAGCUAGCAGAGAAGUUCCUCGAGCAAGAUGGGCUUAUCGCAGCGGCACUUGGCCCCCAAACCAUCAGUGAGAGUAUGCUUGAUCCGACCGGCAACUCCAAGGAUGCCAUGCAGGAAAUUCUCCGGUCUCCCAAGGAGAAGUGCAUGGGCUUAACUCAGAUGUUACGAUUAAAGGAUCAGUGGCUCAUUCAAAUCACUGUCAACGUUCUUAGCAAGCUUCUGAGACGUCUCCUCGAGUACGAGAUUGAAAUUCCAGUUAAGGUCAAGGACUACGUCCAGCGAACUUGUAUUAAGAACGGGCUGGGUAAAUACGACGUGGCAACUAAUCUCAACAACCAACAGCGAGCGGAGCUGCUCCGUACGCUAGGUGAGGAUGACGAUGAUAUCCAGAUCCUUGAGGUCAAGCCUGUCAUUGCUGAGGCUCCUAAGAAACAGUCCAAACUUGACCAAUGGUCAAAGUCAGGGGACUCCAGUUCGCGGUCACAAUCGCCAGCAGUCAGGUCUAGCAAAGACGAUGUCCGCGAUCUGACGCCAUCUGUCGAUAAGAACCGUAGCAUCUUGGAACAGUUCAGAGCCAAGCAUGCUGUCAAGCCCUCGGUAAAGCCGGCUGCUUCGAAAACUGUCACUCCUAGGCUUGACGCUGCCAAGAUCAAGGAAGCGCGUCUCAAAGAACAAGAAGCCAAGAAGAAAAGAGAUGCCGAAGUCAUUGCUAGAGCCAAAGCCUUGAGAACUCCCAAACCACUUGUUUCUGGAGAAGGUUCUGGACUUCAGGGUCUCUCUGGAGUACAAGGAAAAGACCAUGCUCCCCGCAGCGAAAUGAUGGUCGAUUCAUCAUCCGAAGAUGAUGACGACUCGGAAGAUGAAGCAGCCUUCCGGGCACAAACACAAGCAGGCAAAAAGCGAACUGAUGAUACAUCUAGCCGUAUCAUGCAGCUGAAAGCACCACGCGGGCCCGUCAAGAAGAUGAAGAUUCUACGCUCCGCCAAGGAUAUGCGCGCACGGUUGACACCACCAAUGGACGCAUUGCACCAGGCUCUUCUCGAGUGGGAUAUUUUCCACGAAGGCAAUGAUCCGCCGAACGGCAUCAGGUGCUCUCGGGUAUCCACGAGCUACAACGAUCCUCGCCAAUACAAGGACACUUUCUUGCCUCUUCUCAUCUAUGAGGCUUGGAGAUCCUUCGUCACGGAUAAGGACGAGAAUACGAACAAAACGUUCGGAAUCAAGGUUGCCACGCGAAUGCACGUUGACAAGUUCAUCGACGUUACAACUACCAUGCCGUUCACCCCCGGCGCCAAAGACGAGUUUGUCUCGGAAGGAGAUAUAGUUCUCCUGUCAACCAAUUCUCAACCCUUACAGGGUCGCAGUGAUCCGCAUUGCUUGUCCCGUAUUUCCCGUGUUCAGAUCAAGCAAGGGGCUCGGGAAGUAUCUUACCGCAUUAGUGCUAAAGCUGGAUCCAUCAUCCAGAUGCUUUCGCCUAAAGCUGAAGUCUAUGCUGUCAAGAUCACGAAUAUGCGAACCAUUGAAAGAGAAUUUGCCUCACUUGAGAGUCUUCAAUAUUACGAUCUUGCGGCUGAAAUUUUGGAGGCAAAGCCGUCCCCUAUGCUCGAUCACAGUCCGGAAGCGGUCGAUAAAGUGAUGGCCAAUUAUCACCUCAAUAGAGGUCAAGCCAAGGCCAUUCUGAACGCCCGGGACAAUGAUGCUUUCACCCUUAUUCAAGGUCCUCCCGGUACAGGAAAAACCAAGACAAUUGUAGCUAUGGUCGGUGCCCUCUUAACUGGUAACUUGAGCACUAUCACAGGUACGGUCAUUUCGAAACCUGGCCAGAAUGGAAGUGGACAAGCCCUUUCCAAAAAGCUUCUGGUUUGCGCUCCAAGUAACGCGGCUGUCGACGAACUUGUACUUCGUUUGAAACAAGGCGUCAAGACGAUUAGCGGUUCUUUCCAUAAAAUCAAUGUUCUCCGCUUAGGACGUUCUGAUGCCAUCAACGCUGCUGUCAAGGAUGUCACCCUGGAUGAGCUUGUUCGCGUACAGAUCGAAGGCGAUGCCACCAAGGAGAGUGGACCGACAAACAGGCAAAAGAUGCACGAGGAAGCUGGACAGAUCAAGCAGGAGCUGGCUGAAGUCCGUCCAAUGCUGGAUGCUGCUCGGGUUGCAGAUGACCGCGAGCAGGUCAACACGCUUGCCAGGAAAUUUGAGGAUCUCAAGCGUCGUCAAGUGGCCAUCGGGAACAGGAUUGAUGCCGACAAGGAUAGCGGAAACACUGCGCAAAGAGAAAGUGAAAUUCGACGCAGGCAGGUGCAGCAACAAAUCCUUGACUCUGCACAUGUCUUAUGUUCAACUCUCAGUGGUGCUGGCCAUGAGAUGCUGAAAACGCUCAACGUCGAGUUUGAAACGGUCAUUAUUGACGAGGCAGCACAGUGUGUCGAGCUCAGCGCAUUGAUACCUCUAAAGUAUGGAUGCUCCAAGUGUAUUCUGGUUGGUGACCCGAAACAGCUGCCUCCAACUGUGCUUUCACAAUCGGCACAGAGAUAUGGAUAUGACCAAAGUUUAUUCGUCCGUAUGCAACAGAACUCCCCCAACGAUGUACACCUUCUGGAUAUGCAGUAUCGUAUGCAUCCUGAGAUAAGCAUGUUUCCCAGCCAAGAAUUCUACGAGGGUAAACUCGCAGAUGGCGCGGAUAUGGCCAAACUACGUCACCAGCCCUGGCAUCAGACCGGGUUGUUGGGUCCGUAUCGUUUCUUUGAUGUCAUUGGCAGCCAAACGAAGGGCCACAGAGGACAAUCACUCGUCAAUCACGAAGAGCUCAAGGUCGCUAUGCAGCUAUAUGAGCGUUUUAGGAUGGACAACCCGAGGGUUGACAUGAAGGGCAAGAUUGGUAUCAUCACGCCAUACAAGGCUCAGCUUUUCGCACUUCGAGACCGCUUCGAAUCUCGUUACGGACCUGGCAUCAAGGAGGAGAUUGAGUUCAACACUACAGAUGCCUUCCAGGGUCGAGAGUGUGAAAUCAUCAUUUUCUCUUGUGUCCGUGCGAGUCCUAGUGGUGGUAUCGGUUUCAUGACUGAUAUCAGACGUAUGAACGUCGGUCUGACUCGUGCUAAAUCAUCACUCUGGAUCCUUGGAGACUCCCGUGCCCUCGUCCAGGGUGAGUACUGGAACAAAUUGAUCGAGAAUGCCAAGUCUAGAGACCGAUACACAAGUGGUAAUAUCCUGGCUCAACUUGGCAAGCCCGGCGUUAAACUGCCCCCUCCUGUUUUCAGCGAUUUCGAGCCAGAGCCAAUGGUAGUGGACGAAGUCGACAUGAAGAACAUUCCUAUGAGACCUACUUCGUCUUAUAAGAAGCCUACAUCUCAACUACCCGAAACAUAUACCAUCAUCGAGCGACCUCCACCGGUUAUCAUACCGGCUUCGUACUCGGGCAUCAAUGAGCGAGGUGAACCAGUUACCGGCAAAUACGUAUCACCUGCACGUCCGGUAAUCCAUUCCGGUGGUCAAAAACGACCGGCCGACGGAUUGCCCGACGGUGCUCAUCCCACUAAGAGGAAUACGAGUGCCUUCCUGCCGGGAAAGUCCGCGCCAACAAGACCGCGUGCAAUGCCACAUCCGCCGCGGCCAAUUGAUCCGUCUGCCAUAUCUGUUAUGUCGGGAGACCAGGGAUCCGCGUCCCACCCACCGCCGAAUGCCCCAAAGGGGCCGAAACCAAAUAGGCCCAAUCCGAUGAUACAGUCCAAAAAGAAAGCGGAUCCAUUCCUUCAAAGGAAGCCUAGACCACCCCGAUAG